AUGUUUCUUACACAGGCCACAGACAGACUCUCCAAGACACUUACUAAAUACAGCAGCAUAAUCCAGCAGGAAAAGCUGAUUAUACCAGAAAAUGAGCUCAGAGAAAAAACAGAGCACUGCAGACAGUUAAUACAAGAAAUAGAAAACACUCUGCAAACUGACUCCUUCUCUCUUUUGCAAGAAGUGGAAAAUAUUUGCGAAGACAUCCACAAAGUAUGCGCCAACUUGAAAAUAACGGAAGAAAGCAUUCUUCCCCCGCAGAAAACCAUUCUUCUGAAAAUAGAAAAUAAAAACUUCAUUCUCUCCAAGAACAUCCCCAGGCCGCAGAUCAACUUCAAAGACAGAAGAAGGAAUAAUUAUUCGGUAGAAGAAACAAAAACAACGGAAAAACACACACUGCCUGCAGAAAUUCCAUUAAAUCAGGGUAGCACUGCUGAAAGUGACGAAACAUUUAGAAACACGCUCUCUUUCCUGCACUCUUCCCUUCUCUCUCUCCAUGAAACACCAGAGAAAAAGAAUGUACAGUACAUUUCCACCGAGGAAGACUGCAAGAUGGCAAAUAGUCUGAUAUUGCAGCAGAACGUGAUCGGAGUAGAUGCGAAGAAGCACACCUUCAGGAGCUACAAUGGAUUUACGUGCUACAUCCAAGUGUCUACACAUGAUUCCAUCUUUCUCUUCGAUAUGAUAGCACUUCGUAACCACUCUAAACUGCUGACUUUCUGGGACGUAGAGAGCAUUGUAAAAGUAUUCUACAAAGAGAAAAAGAAAACAGAAUGGCUGAGAAAAGAUUUAAAGUACACAAUAAAAAGCACAGUGGACAUUAUGAACAUGCACGGGAUGCCUGCGCACAUAAACAGCUUGCACUCGGCUAUUUGCGAAAUAACUGGAAAUAUCGUCAAAAAACAGUUUCAUUUGGUCGACUGGAGAUACAAGCCUAUAUCCCAGGAGAUACUCAGUGAGUUGGAGACAGGAGUUGGAUACCUCUUGGAAAUCGCAGCAGAACUCGCUAGAAAUACGACACAAGAGGAGUUUGUUGAUAAGUACAGGAAUACAUGCGAAGAGGAGAAGACAAAAACAGACCCAGAGGAAUUCUGCAAUAAAUACGGCGUGGAAAUGAAUGAGUCGUUUUUGAAAAUAUUCCUGCUCCGAGACUUCAUCGCAAAAGAAGAGGACGAGAGCCCGCAGUUCCUCAUGACUGACAGACAGCUGGCUAUGUUCAUAAAAACACAGCCCGCAUCGCCAGAAGACGUAUUCAAAGUGUUUCCAAACAUCAGCCCGCUCUUCAAGGCAAACCUGAACAACUUCCUGAAUCUUCUGAAGAUAAAAACAAAACCAACGUCUUUCAAUAUGACCGCGCUCAAGGAAAGCCAUGUUUCGCACAAAAAACAGUAG